AUGUUAACCGACAACAAUCCAAGCCAAGACAACACUGGCUGUGGUGUUACAACAACAUUUCAUCAGCUUGAUUCGGGUGGAUGUUUAGAUUGUAUUUUUAAUUAUUUGCCUCAGGAAGAGAAAAUUCCAAUCCUAAUCGAUGAUUAUGAAGAGUUGAAUUGGGAUUCAUAUUUUUAUGAUGAUGAUGGUGAUGAUAAUAUUGAACUUGGAAUUUUGCUCUCAUAUUUGUCAUUGGACGACCAUGAAUCAAAGUCAAACAAAGAGAAAUAUAUUCCAAGUAACGGGAUUACUGUUGUGCCUGACGAUUAUUACGCCAAAAAUCAGAGCAAAGGCAAAUUUAUUGGAGUACUUUCCGAAAUAACACCACUCUCUUGCUUUAAAUUAAUAUUCACUGACGAUAUACAGGAAAAAUUUCUCUCUAAAAUGAACGAUAGAAGGCAAUCACGAGUUGAUCAUAUAAAAUUGCGAGAAGGAACUAGAGGAAAACCCUUACAACCUAACAUCAAAACAGAUCGUUUGGAAAAUAGAGAAAAUUAUGUCAAACGUUGGACUACUCCAUUUACAUUAGAGGACUCAAAUAAAUUCCUAUCAUGCUUUUUAGCAAUGAGUGUGUCUGCAUUACCAACAUUGCACGACUAUUGGGAAAAUCCAACGUUGAAUAAUUUAGGGCUUGGAUUGUUCUUUCAAAAUAGAUUACCUAAACAUAAAUUUUUGGAAAUGUAUCGAUGUAUUGACAUUGAUGUCGAUGAUUGGUUGGAUUCCAUUAAAGAGAAAGCUCAAAGUAUUUGGGAUGUAUCAACAAACGUUUCAAUUGACGAGUCAAUGAUUCCUCACAAAGGAAGAAAAUGUCCUCAUCAUGUUUUCAUUCCUAGAAAACCUCAUCCACACGGAAUGAAAUUAUUUACGGCAGCCUGUGAAAGUGGAUAUAUAUUCAAUUGGAUGUUGCAUAAGAGAACGAGUGAGGAACCUAAAGACUUACCAUUUCACAGAGUGAUUAAUCCUCAUUAUGAAAGAGGGGCCAAAUCUCAAGUGGUCCAUUCUUGGGAAGUUGUGAGUGCUAUGAUUCAACCUUUGACAAAACAUCAUGUGUUGUAUAUGGAUAGCUAUUAUGGAGGAAUGCAAGUAUUCAAUAUUGCCAUGGAGAAGAAACAUGAUAUUGUGAUGUCUUGUAGACAAGAUAGACCAGCAGUCAUUUUCAAAAACGGUACAUAUACACUUGAGCAAAAUGAAUUAGGAGUGAAAUCCAUGAGAGGAACUACGUACAAAGGAUACUCUUUUGCAGCAAAUUCAAUUCCGAGAGGAGGAGUAAAACGAGCAGGACAGUCAUCGGAACAAGCAAAAUCAAAGAAAGUCAAAUUUACGAAUAUCAUGAGCUCCUUGCAUGAUGCAACUGCGUACGUGCCAACUCAACGAGAGAUUAUUUCCGGAGAUGAUUAUUUGAAAGAUAUGGAUCUAGUUCCUGCUAGUUUUCACGACUAUUUGAAGCAUAUGGGUGGUGUUGAUCGAGCAAACAGUUCAAUCAUGUCUGCCUAUUAUCGUCACCGAGUGUUCAGGUGGAGAGUAGCAGUGUGGAUUUGGACAAUGAAUUUGAUGGUCCAUAAUGCCAGAAUAAUAUAUAACUCUCUUUCCCCCAAACCAAUGACUCAAUCCGAAUUCAUAAUUGCUCUUGCCAAAACCAUGUACGAAGUCCCAACACACUCCCACAAACUAGUACCAAUUCCGAACGGAGAGAAGUUAGAUUGUAGAAUAUGUUAUAGAUUCUACACCAGCAAGAGUGGAAAGAAGAAGAGAAGCAAAUCUACCCACAUGUGCACAAUUUGUGGCCCAAUACAUGUUCAAUGCUUCAACAAGGACCAUGACAGGUUUGUUCUUGAUUCCGUCACUGGUGGUGCAAGAAGCAAUAAAUAA